GACGUAACGUAUUUUGUUGCGUAAAGAUGGCGGCUCCCAGUGACAGGUCGUGUGUUAUGGAACACAGGUGGCUCAUUUCGCACUGAAGUCGAUGUUAGGUCUACCAGAGCAGCAAAUUAUGAAGUUUUUGACAAAGAAUACGAGUGUGCUACCGUGUGAGACUGCGUCGACGCGUUAGCUUUUCUGUUUGGUGAGAUAGGAAAUGGUGGCGGCUUGGUGCUCCGGUAGGUAACCAGUGUCACGCCAGAGACCUUCUGCUUAAUACAUAACCGAGAAGAUGCGUUCAGCGGUGUGGCCGCGACUCUCCUGUAUGGGCUGGCUCGGCCGGGGGCAGAGGAGCCUGAGCCUGUUCUCCAGCACGGCUCCGUCCAACUGGAGCAAGGUGGUGUCGGACGCGGAGAAGAUCGUGGGCUACCCGACCUCCUUCAUGAGUCUGCGCUGCCUGCUGAGCGACGAACUCAGCAAUGUGGCCAUGCACGUCAGGAAGCUGGUCGGGACCAAACACCCUCUACUCAACACCGCAAGAGGCUUUGUGUACGACAGCAGGAACAACCUUCAGAUGAGGGGACUGGUCGUCCUGCUCAUGUCGAAAGCGGCAGGGCCGAGCCACGCAGCCUCCGAUCUCCUCGCCCAGGACAUGGUCAGUGGCAUCUACCCCAGCCAGAGGAAUUUGGCCGAAAUCACCGAGCUGAUCCACACGGCGUUCCUGGUGCAUCGCGGGAUAGUGGACCUGAAGGAAUGGACUAAUUCAGACGGUCCGCUGAAGGACAUGCAGUUUGGGAAUAAAAUGGCUGUCCUAAGCGGCGACUUCCUGCUGGCCAACGCUUGUACCGGGCUGGCCCAGCUAAAUAACACUAAGGUUGUUGAACUGAUCUCCAGCGCCAUCGGUGAUUUGGUUCAGGGAAUCUACCAUGAGAAUGCCCCGAAUGUCGAGGAAAGUAGUCCCACUGACGGGCUCAACGUGGCUGCAUGGGAGGAGCAGACGUUCCUGUCCCACGGGGCAUUGCUGGCCAAGAGCUGUCAAGCUGCGAUGGAGCUCGCCAAACAUGACAAGGAAGCCCAGAAACAGGCUUACAAAUACGGCAAGCACCUCUCACUAGGCCACAAGCUGAACUCAGACCUGCAGCCAUUCGUGAAGAGCGGCGUGGGAGAGCCGGUGUCGUUCAGUUUAAAUGCCGCCCCCGUGGUUUUCCACCGUCAGAUGGUGGGGCAGGACAAGUGGUGUCAGCAGCUCCAACAGGCGAGGACAUUUAGAAACCAGCUGGAUUACUCAAAGCUUUGGGCAGCAGUCAAGUCGGAGAAAGGCGUGAGCUCAGCGGUGGACUUAUGCUGUUACCAUGGCAACAAGGCUCUGGAGGCCAUCCAGGCUUUCCCCUCCUCAGAGGCUCGAUCCGCCUUGGAAAACAUCGCCUCCGCUGUCACCAAAUUUUGACCUGGACUGACACACUCUUGUUUCUAACUGUGCAGCGUAUGAAGUGUCUUUGUCUCCGGCGGCCAAGAGACAAGAACCACAGAACUGUUGACGCUCACACGACAAAUGAACUUCUUUUGAGCCAAGUGGCGACUCGUGUCUGUAAAGACCGUUCUGCUCUGGGUUUUGGAUGAUGGUGUGCAUCACAAAUGGCAAAUGUAAUGGCAAUAUCCAUAUGGUCAUCAUUAAAGAAAAAAAAAAAAGAAAAACCCAUUCAGCAUCACGUCAUAAAUUUUCUUAAACCAGUGAGUACCAUCCUCUUG